AGAAAUUUCCUCACAACUUUACCAACAGCGCCUCCAAAGUCCUCCAUAGCCACUGUUUUCGCCACCGCCGCCCCGCCUAGGGUUUUGGUGGUCUCUCAUCCGCAGAAAGCCGAUAGUCUCCAUCUUUCCGCCGCAAUACUGAGGUUCUUUUGUCAAUGGCUAAAACUUCAAAUUCUGGUGCCAAGAAGGGGGUUCGUAUCGUGGUAGCUGGCGACCGUGGAACUGGAAAGUCUAGUUUGAUUGUGACUGCCGCAGCUGACACUUUUCCUACCAAUGUUCCUCCCCUUUUGCCGCCAACGCGGCUGCCGGAGGAUUUCUACCCCGACCAAGUUCCCAUCACCAUAUUUGACACUAAGUAACUCCUUUUCAUAUUAGCUAUAAAUAAGUAGAACAUGUCCUGUGAUUGUGGGUGUCAUAUGUGUGUUUAGGGCCAUGAGAGAACUGAUCUUGCACUAACCCUGUUUAUUUUUUUUGUUACUUGAAUUUUUAGUUUCGUUAGAAGUUUUUGGAUUGGGAAAACUAAGCCAAGGCGAAGAAAGCUAGGAUAAUUAAGAACUAUUGAUUCUGUCUGUGCACGCACAAAAUAGCCUAUAAACGAAUAAAACAAUCUAGAAAUCAAGACUUAGAGCAAGUGCUUCUCAUCAGCCACCACUUACCAUUAAUUUGAUUCAUCCCAAAAUUCCUGAGUCAAUUGAGUCAAAUUAUUCAUUUGACAUUGAAAAGAAAACACAAAUGCAAUGAAUAACCUUAGCGCUGAGGAUAGAGCUAAGCUAGCGGAGGAGUUGAGGCGUGCUGAUGCAGUAGUUCUUACAUAUGCGUGUGAUCGACCUGAAACCCUUAACAGAUUGAGUACUUUCUGGCUUCCAGAACUUCGCCAGUUAGAGGUGAAAGUGCCAGUAAUUGUAGUGGGUUGUAAGCUGGAUUUAAGAGAUGAACAACAGCCAAUUAGCUUAGAACAGGUGAUGUCACCAAUAAUGCAACAAUUCCGGGAGAUUGAAACCUGUAUUGAAUGUUCUGCAUUUAAACAUAUUCAGAUACCUGAGGUUUUCUACUAUGCACAAAAAGCUGUGCUUCAUCCAACGGCACCGCUGUUUGAUCAGGAAUCUCAAACUUUAAAGUCACGCUGUGUAAGAGCAUUGAAACGUAUCUUCAUUCUCUGUGAUCAUGACAGGGAUGGUGCUCUUAGCGAUGCAGAGUUGAAUGAUUUUCAGGUCAAAUGUUUUAAUGCUCCUUUACAACCUUCGGAAAUAGUGGGUGUUAAGAGGGUUGUCCAAGAGAAGUUGGUUGAAGGGGUCAAUGAACGAGGCCUUACGUUGACAGGAUUUCUAUUUCUUCAUGCACUAUUUAUAGAAAAAGGACGCCUGGAGACAACAUGGACUGUCUUGAGGAAAUUUGGAUAUAAUAAUGAUAUUGAACUUUUGGAUGAGCUAAUUCCAUAUUCUUCAUUUAAGCGAGCUCCUGAUCAGAGUGUGGAGCUGACAAAUGAUGCUAUUGAGUUCUUAAAGGGACUUUAUGAAUUAUUCGACAGUGAUUUUGAUAAUAACCUUCGACCUCAAGAAGUUGAAGAGUUAUUUUCUACUGCUCCAGAAAGUCCUUGGAGUGAUGCUCCAUAUAAGGAUGCUGCAGAAAGAACUGCACUAGGAGGGCUAUCACUCGAUGCUUUUUUGUCAGAGUGGGCCCUUAUGACACUUCUAGACCCAGCUCGUACUCUAAAGAAUUUGAUAUAUGUUGGCUAUCCUGGUGAUCCUGCUUCUGCCAUCCGUGUUACUAGGAGGAGACGCUUAGAUCGCAAGAAGCAACAAUCAGAAAGAAAUGUUUUCCAGUGUUUCAUUUUUGGGCCAAAGACUGCCGGAAAGUCUUCAUUAUUGAAUUCUUUUCUUGGAAGGCUGUAUUUGGAUUCUUAUACUUCGACUAUCGAUGAGCAUUAUGCAGUGAAUUUUGUUGAACUCCCAGGGGGAGUAAAGAAAACCCUUGUAUUGCGAGAAAUCCCAGAAGAUGGAGUUAGAAACCUACUAUCUAAUAAAGAGUCAUUGGCUGCCUGUGAUAUAGCAGUAUUUGUACAUGACAGUUCUGAUGAGUCCUCAUGGAAGAGGGCCACUGAGUUGCUUGUGGAUGUUGCCACUCAUGGUGAAGACACUGGUUAUGAGGUACCAUGCCUUAUUGUUGCAGCAAAAGAUGAUCUAGAUCCCUUUCCAUUGGCAAUACAAGAUUCUACCAGGGUUAGUCAGGACAUGGGAAUAGAAGCACCUAUUCCCAUUAGCUCAAAGUUGGGUGAUUUCAAUAACAUAUUCCGGAGGAUUGUGAAUGCAGCUGAGCAUCCUCAUAUGAGCAUUCCUGAAACAGAGGCUGGAAGAAGCCGGAAGCAGUACCAUCGCCUCAUAAACCGCUCUCUUAUGUUUAUUUCUGUCGGAGCUGCAGUGGUGGUUGUUGGAUUGGCAGCUUACCGUGUCUAUGCCACAAGGAAGAAUACUUCUGGUUGAAGCAUAAAGGAAUAUCUGUUGCUAGUGCCUUCCAUUUUUUUUUUUUUUAGGAUUUCUCUAUUUGAGUUAUUUAGGUUUCACUCUGUAGUAAAAUGUUGCAAAUUUAGUUUUCCAUAUCAUGGGUGCAAUUGCUUUUUAGAAUAUUAACAGAGAGAUAUACAAUAGAAUGGCAUAUUGUGCAAUAAGAAAAUUUUGCUGCGUAUUUUUCCCUUUCAACUUAUUUAACUUUUUAUCAAUGUAUCAUGUGAUAUCCAUCUAUUGAUCUAUGUUU